GAGUUCUCUCACUACAUCUAUGAGCUUCAACCUUUUAUUUGACACAGUCACCAGGGGUUAUACGACCAAUGUCGUUUGCUGUCCAAGCAGUGGAACUUAGUCAGACUAACAGAUAAACCACGGUUUGCCUUCCGUGUCUCCGACAUGCACGGUGCUUUUUCAACGCUACUUAUUCUGAGCAGGUGCCUCAGCACACUACGUGUUUCAAAGGACCUUUGGUGUCCAUGGACUGGAGCUCUGGCGCAUCUUUGCUCUGAUUCAUGAUCGCGUUACUCGGUUCUUACAUGUUUCUCUGACAUUGAUUAUUGUCAGUUCCUCGGUCAAAGCAGCCUUGAAAUGGUACUUGUAGCGUUCCAUUCCGUAACACCCUUCAGGUUUCACGUCGCCUUCGCACCGACGGUAAGCAAUACUACCGCCCUUCCCAAUCCAUUCACGCCGCUUGCGUGGUUACAGCCAGAGAUUGCCUUAGAAGUAGAGGUUGCCAGAUGUCUCUUCUCAGCGAUGAUAGGUGCAUGGUUAUGGGACGUUCUUAUGACAUUCCCGGAUGAAGUUCGCAUGUUAAACACACACAAAGUGGCUCUGUCUGACGUUAUCUACAUGCUUUCCAGGUUUGUCGAAGCCUUCAACGUGCAUGAUUAUGUGCCCAAGUGGUUGCAGAAUCUUGACAGGCGGGUAUAUUAUGUGUUCCUGGACAUUCAUAGUUGCACCUGUCAACAAGUGUCAUAUGUUGUGCAAGACCAUCGGCUGGUUCGUGGCAUUGGCCCUUCCUUGCAGCUCAUUACUCUUCUUCCUUCGUGUCAAAGCCGGUUUCUUCUCCUCUUGAUCCAUCGCGAUUGGAUUUGGUAUCCUGUGGUUGGCCACGCUCAGCGCACUCACCAUGCCUUUCAGUGUGGACGGAACUCAUAUCGGGGCAACGAAAAAUUGUAUGAUUAGUGAAGUCCAGCUGGCCAGCUCCGCAGGUACUGUCGCUGUUGCAGUUUUCGACACUAUGGUGUUCCUGGCGAUUCCGUCUGCGUCUUGCAGUUAAGUUUAGCGGACACUUGGAAAGAGCGGUUCAAGUCGUUCAUUAGUGGUAAAGAUCUUGGGUGUUUGUCAAAGGCCUUGCUUCAUACGGGACAAUUGUACUAUAUGUGUGU